GUCCACCUUUUCGCUUGCCCUGGGGAGACCGUUUGUCGUGAGACCUUGGAGCUUUCAAGAUGAGUGAUAAUCAACCACCUGCUCAAACGCUGGGCUCCUCAGAAGUUCCCAUUGAAGGCCCCCCGGUUAAAAGACCCUGCACAAUCGAUACGCCACCUAUUUCCUUGACGCCAGCAGACGAUGGAAGCGAUUUCUACAACACCCCUUUGGCUGCAGGAACGCCAGCAGACAUUGGUGCUGCCAAGGACCAGGUCGAUGCUGCUCAAAAUCAGGCUAACGAGUCGGAUGUUCCUUCAAAUGCCCACCCACUGAUUCCAGGAUUGAACCUGGUCAAUGACAGUAUCAAAGAUCUGCAGUCAGAGGAGAUUGAAUCACAGAGCACCACAACCUUGGCCGGUGAGCACGAGGGUACUGCUUCUGCCAGCCAGCCAGCAACCGCGCUGGGUGAGGCUGAGAAGAUGGAGGGGAUCAAGGGGGAGCCUGCUGUGGGAGGCAUAGACGCCAUGGAGGUGGAUGCCAACGAGAAACAGGAGACCCAACAGUCAGAAGGAAAUGCGACCGGCAUCGAAAGUACAAGCGCACCCGGGGAAGCAUCUGCCAUGAAUGGCGCAGAAGACGCCCAGGACGAACAGGACGAUGAGCACCCUGAGUGGGAAAUCGAUUCCUCCCCCUACGAAUCCUCUUCCGAUGACUCUUCCACCGAUUCCUCUGACGACAGCGACGAUGACGACGAAGACUACCCCAUUUUGAGCCCCGAAGAACAAGCGCGGAUCUUGAUGCAGGCAGAACUUGGUUCCGACGACGAAGGAGACGGAAAGGGUAAAUCAGGUGGCCAUCUCAGAACCGCAAACGAAAUUGAUGAAGAAGCGCCCCCGAUCCCAGAAAUUACCAUCACACCCGAGAUGAAGGUUGUGCUUCUGGGUCAUGUGGAGGCAAUCGUUGAGAACACCCUCCUUAUCUCAGCCAACACGACCGGUGAAUAUCAGGUUCUUGAAGCGGGCUCGCUCCUUUGCCUGGAGAACCGGAAUGUCGCCGGUGUGGUUUCCGAGACGCUUGGAAGGGUUGAGAACCCGCUGUAUGCCGUGCGGUACCCGACCGCUGCCACCAUCACUGAGCGUGGCCUGUCCAAGGGCACCAACGUGUUCUAUGUUGUAGAAUACUCUACAUUCGUCUUUACCCAACCUCUCAAGGGCCUGAAGGGAAGUGAUGCAUCGAACUUCCAUGAUGAGGAAAUCGCCGAGGACGAGGUUGAAUUCUCCGAUGACGAGGCGGAAGCAGAGUACAAGCGCAAGCUGAAGCAGAAGCGCCAGGAGAAGAAGGACGCCAGGAACGAGAAUGGUCCAGCCAGAGGCAGGAGAGGUCCACCGGGUCCCUCCAAGCUCAACCAGAGCGAGCUCAACUACGAUGAUAAUGCGGCUGACGAUGGAUACACACCGCUGGCUCGCCCAAAGAACCUGCACGAGAUGAUGCGCCAACAGGAGGCUCCCGUUGAAGCCGAUGGCCACUCCGGCCCUAGCAGAAACAACUCCGGCUUCCGCGGUGGCAGAGGACGUGGCCGAGGAGGUGACCGCGGUAGGGGAGGCCGGGGAGGCCGUGGAGGAGGCCCAGGAUCAAGGGACUCCCACGAAUCCACUUCUCAUCAGGACCGCCAAACAUACUACCAGCACCAGCACCAGCACCAGCAGCACCAGGCGCAGAGCUCUCAACCUCAACAACACCACCCUUACCCCCAGCAAGCGUAUCCUGCGGCCCCGCAAGGCGCUUACGCUCUUCCUCAACAAUUUACCUCCUUCGCACCCUUCCAGCCUCAGCAAUCUCAGCCUUACGGACAAGGUGCAGUGCCAACGCCGUUCAACUUCCAAAUGCCCUUCCAACAGGCCUACCAACAACCAAACCCAUACCAGCAGCUUCCUGCUAAUGUGCACAUAAACCCCUUGUUCUUGGCUGCCCUUCAGCAGCAGCAGCAGCAGCAACAACAGCCACAGCAAGCACCGGGGCAACAACCGCAACAGCCCACCAUGAAUUUCGACCAGGUGAAGGCGCAGUUGGAUCUUUUGCGGCAAUUAAGCAACAACAACCAGGGGCCGCCUCGUACGUGAUGAUAUGAUGAAAUCCGUUGGAUUUAAUUGCCGCCGUUGUUGUCUGUUGUUAUUAUAUUCUUCCCCUUUUUUUGCUCGCGUAGUUAUGGGUUCGGUUGCAUAUUAGGAGCUGGGCAUCGCUUUCGGAUGGGUAAUAAAAAGUUACGCUA